GCCUGUUUUCGUUCGACAUUCUGAAUAUGGGUCCGUGUUCAUACCGGAGGGAUGAUCGCUCUUCGAUCCGGCUGCAACCCCGUUAUCAAACCGGAGGAAAUUGAUUUGCUAAUAAAAGUAACUUUACUUCCACCCAUCAUGUCAGGUUUUCCCACAAGUUUCCUAUAUAUAUUGGUUCGAUCCUCGCAAUGUUCUCUUGCCUCUUACUACCACCAUGUCCAACGAGAAAUUUGUCGAGCCUGCGAUUCUUGCCAGACGUGUUGCUGAGCAGCACGGCAUUGAUCUCUCAAAGUUACCAACGAUCUUGGAUAUGUCGGCAGAGUCCAUAACGCCCAACGUCCAUGCUAUUAACGCGAACUGUCCUGACGAAAGGUUGAAAUUCAUUUUCAAGAACUUGGUCGAUCACCUUCACGAUUUUGUACGGGAAACAUCUAUCACGACGGACGAAUGGAUGACUACUAUCGAAUUCCUUACCGCGACAGGGAAAACGUGUUCGGAUAUACGUCAAGAAUUUAUUCUACUCUCUGAUGUUGUCGGCCUCUCUACGCUUAUUGACACGCUGAACAACGUAAAACCUCCAAAUGCAACUGAAACUACCGUCUUGGGGCCUUUCCACACUGAAGACGCCAAAGACUUGGAAAAUGGCGCCACUAUCGCAUCGGAAGGGAAGGGCGACUAUAUGUUCGUUACCGGAAAAGUAAUGGACACCAAAGGUAAUCCGAUAGCAGGAGCCGUCUUAGACGCAUGGGAGACCGACGAGACGGGUCUGUAUGAUACCCAAUACUCUGACCGUGAUGGACCAGACUGCAGAGGAAAAGUUACAAGUGCUGCGGACGGAAGCUACUCUUUCCGCGCGGUCAUACCGGUUCCAUACGCAAUUCCCAGUGACGGCCCCGUUGGAAAACUGAUUGAAAGGCUUGGUAGACACGUCUUCCGUCCUGCGCAUCUUCAUUUCAAAAUUGAGGCUCCCGGAUAUGAGAAACUAGUCACUGCGCUCUACUUCAAAGGGGAUCCAUAUAUCACGAGUGACGCGGUGUUCGGUGUCAGAACCUCUCUCAUUGUCGAAACGGAGACCAUCAAGGAUACUUCUUUGACGUUGGCUCGUGGGUUCCAACGCGCUGAACCGCAUGCAGAAUUGAAACAAGAUUUCAUUUUGGCGACUCCAGAGGAGUGUGCGGAGGCGAGGAAGAGAACGAUGCCCGCUCUUGCGCAAUAAGCUGUGGUCAGCAAGGAAGAACGCAAUAUGCUUGUAACAUUACCUAUGCUACGGAAAGAUGAGUAGCCCAUCUGCGAAUUGAAUAAAGUUGUUGUCGGUU